AUACAAGUAAAUCUCAAGGUUUGAAUUUUUACCCUAGCACAUCUACAUCAGUCGUGAUAAAAAAAGGUUGCCCACAGCACCAAACCAAAUCUACAAAAAUGGGUCAAGCCUGCAGCUGCUGCGAGGACCGCAACAAGUCCGGAAACAAGGGCAUGAUGGCCAAGCCUGGUGGCGCAAAUGCGCGUAAAACAGCCUCUGGCGAGACUAAGCUGUAUGAACCCAGCCUCAAGUCAGAACUGACAUACGGUGGCACUGACACUGUCGCUGCGGGUCUCGUUUCUCUCUCGGACGACCGCCGCCCUGCAUUGGAUCUAUACUACGAACAGGAUGAUGCAGCAAGGUCAAUAUUCCAUUUGCAUUUUCUAUCUUUGUGCUUCCAAGUAUAGGCUGAGUGAUCAGCAAUUUUCAUUUUGCAUGACCGUUGAACAUUGAAUUGAAAGAAUUUUGCAUGAAGUAGAACGUCGACCAUUUCAAAUAUGGUGAAGGUGCACAUCAUGAUUAUCGUCAUUUUUUAAACACAAACAGGGGCUCGCAACAAGGGUCCAUGUACCGUCCGAGUGGCAUGGUUGACGAUGAUGCGACUGCCUUGCAGAGCUUCGUGCGUCAGUGAGGUACUGCAACGGUUGGAAAGAACAAGAUCUGGAGGGUACCGCAUACUAAGUUCACAUUUGUUAUAGUCGUUUCUUUUUCUUUUUGUUUUUUGUUUAGACACAUAGUUUUUUAAUUUGAAUAUUUAUAUAUAUGGCUGUUCAAUGUUCAUACUGGUGCCAACCCGGCUGGUCACCGGGGUCCCAUUGGGACAACAUUACCGCGCGAAACGUCGAAAGAUGACCUGCGCACUCCGGUACCCGUGGACGGGCCGGGGCUUGGCUCGUGGUUCUACGCUUACGGCCUGGCGACGUGGAUAGAGGAAGGCGGGCGCUGCACUCCGUCGCAGGGAACGCGCUCACGCUAGCGAACUGCGACGCGUCGCCGCUGGCCCUUCCUGGCGUGCGGUGCCCAUGUCUGGGCUUUCGGAUUGUGGGCAAGAGACUUCAGCGCGAGCCUUCGCGCGUGCUGGCCUGUGUUGGCUUCGCGGCCCCCUCGGCUUCUCUCUCCCUGGCGCGGAGGGUCUCCACCGGUCUCCACCACACCACUGCCGGCCAGGAGUGGCGCCUUUUUGACGCGCUGCCUCUGCUGCGUGAGCGCCUCGGCGUCUAGAGGGUGGGCGUCAGGUUUCACUGCGUCGCUUUAUUUGGUCUUGGUUUGCGCUACUUGGUGGGUUUACGCUUAUGUUAUACGGGGCUGCGGGUUGCGGUCUGUGAUGCAUUGGCCUUUCGGGAACUAAACGAGCGAGCUGCGAGCAGCGGCACUGCGCAGGAGUGCCGCCGCUCCCUCCUCGCGCACUUUGUGGCUGUGCAGGCCUGUUGCUGUCGUUGAGCUUGCGCUCCGAACUACGACGCUGCUCGCCGCGGGGGGGUCUGGUGCUUUGGGGCUGCCUUAGCGCGGCGCGCCGGCUUUCGACUAAAUGCCCCUGAUGAUGUUUCUCUAGCUGUUUCCACCGCUGCACUUGCUUACCUUUCUUCGGUGUUGGUUUGCGGCCUCCUGCCUCUCUUUACCAUGACGGCACCGGCAAACGCACCCGGGCCGCGGCGCCUCUUGUUAGGACUCUCCUGCAUUUGCCUAACGCGUCGUUGUGCUUCAGAUUCCGCCUCUUGGCCGUCUGUAGGUCUGUGGAUAACCGUCUACCCUUCUCCUAAUAAUAAUACUGGCGCCAAGAUAUAAGUAUAAAUAUGUUAGGUUGUUCAUAUUUAUUUUUAUCUGGAAUACAACGGGCACGGGCUAGACGAGUAUUUCAUAGUUCACGAGUACAAUGAAUCAUGAGUAGUUGUACAGCAGUAGCAAUUUUUAUACGCUGAUUCUUGGUGAAAGGUGAUCGUGAUGGAUAGAAGAAUGAUCCUCGUCUCGUAUUGUCUCAUUCUCAGGCAUAUGUUGCUGCUAGUGCUCCUUAGACGCAGACAUCUACACGGUCUCUGGAGUAUUGUUGAGGAAUGCUCGAACUUGCGGAUGAAAAUGAGAUGGAACAAUAAGUGGAGAUAAUUAAUGAUUGUAGCCAUCUGGUUCUGGCGGAUGCGACGGAGAUGAAUUAUUAUCUUGUCAACCAGAUGAUUGAAGAUGCUUUGUUUCAAAAUAAUUAAUGAUCAUAAGAAAACGAAAAGACUGACACGAUAAGUGGCUCUCCAAAAACGAUAGUUUGAAGAUUGAAGGACUUCUAGGUGAAUAAGGUGCUACUUAAGUGCAAAUGACCACUAAAUUUAAUCUGCAUUCUAGCCUUCAAUAAAGACCACAGCGAGGUUCGGACUGCUCGACUGCGAGGGACUUUUAGGAGCCGAAAAUCACUUGGUUCCCCACCCGGAAACAGAAGUUAGUGCUUAAGAGUACCCGGGUCCACCUUGGUUGAUUUGUGAGAAGUCUUUAAGAAUAGGACCGCAUUAUCGUGUCAUUCUGAUUCUCAAAAAAUUUCCUUUCCUAGAAACUCAUGAAAAAGAGGAGAAACCAUCUUGAAUGUUCAAUAUUACUCAGGAAGAACUAGAGGAAGAUGAUGAACCAAGAAAAAUAUCAGAAAUAGAAGCUGAAAUCGGGUAGACCUAAACUACCAUAGAAGCACGUCGCGGCAGCAGCACGAUGAUUCAUUCCUAAAGGGGGAAGUAUGCUCCAUAGUUGAUGAAAUACCAUAGAAGGCUGCCAAGCAGAAUUACGUGGAGGACUCCUGACGGACUUCGGGGAUUCCAAGAAAUAGAAUUUUCUUCCAUUCUUCAUAGUAGAUGGAAUUUUCAUGAUUCUCACUCUCUCACAUGUUCAUACUAGGAAUUUGGUAUGCUCAACAGAGGAAAUACAGAAGUGAUAAUGCAUUUUAUUUUUCGUAUAAUCGAUCAUAAUUGUCCUUAAUUAUACCCAGAAUGUUAUAAUUUACUAGUUCAUAAAUGAUGAUAGAUAUUACAAGCGCAAUCGCAACUGAAGUAGUAUGAAAAAAGGUAAGCGCCACACAGAUUCAGGAAAAGGAAAGGAGGUUGUUUUUGUUGUUGAUGUAGCUUGGAGAUGAUCAACAUCAAACUUCGAGGGCCGAGUGCAGUGAAUACGUUGGUGUCCAGUUCAAAAGUCGUCGAGAUAUGUAGACGAUAGUGCCAUCUUGUUUUCUACGAUCAUUAGUCGUCGAGAUAUGCAGACGAGCAUUACGCUAGACGCCACCUUCGUGUUCUCCGCAUUUAGACUUCUAGCAAGGAAGCAUGCGUUCUCCCGUUCGCAUUCGCGUCAGCAACAGAUGAAAGGUCUUGCU